UUGCUUUGCCUUUAUACCUCUUUCGUCUAUAUAUUUAUCGACGAUAUUAUUAUCUUUAGCGAUACUAUAGAUAAGUACGCUAAGUAUCUAGAAACUAUCUUUAGCUUGUUUAAAAAGAAAAAUAUCUCUAUUGCACUAGCUAAAUUAUAUAUUGUAUACCCUAGUAUAGAGCUGCUUGGUUUCUACGUCGAUGGAUUUGGACUAACUAAUAUAGAGCACUAUAUCGCCGCCUUUAGGAACCUCGCCUUUCCGAAUAAUCUAAAGGCUCUAGAGCAGUAUAUUAGCGUAUUAGGGUUUUUACACUAUCUAAUCCUAUACUAUAUAUAG